AUGACCAAUCUUUCCGUGCAGUUGACGGCUCCGAACGGGCGCUCGUACGCUCAGCCCGUGGGUCUCUUCAUCAACAACGAGUUUGUCCCCUCCAAGUCGGGUGAGAAGUUCGCCAGCAUCAACCCUUCCAAUGAAGAGGAAAUCGUCUCGGUCUAUGCGGCGGGUGAAGAGGAUGUUGACACUGCUGUCAAGGCUGCCCGUAAAGCGUUCAACGACCCCUCAUGGAAGCUGCUGCCUCCCACUGAGCGGGGCGUCCUGAUGCAGAAGCUGGCCGACCUGAUCGAGCAGCACCGGGAGACGCUGGCCACGAUCGAGACUUGGGACAAUGGCAAGCCGUACUCCGUUUCCCUGAACGACGACCUGGGUGAGGUCAUCAACACCCUCCGGUACUAUGCCGGAUACGCCGACAAGGUGCACGGUCAGACCAUCAGCACCACCCCGGCCAAGUUUGCCUACACCCUCCGCCAGCCCAUCGGUGUGGUGGGUCAGAUUAUUCCCUGGAACUUCCCCCUGGCUAUGGCGGCCUGGAAGUUGGGUCCUGCUUUGGCUUGCGGUAACACCAUUGUUAUGAAGCCGGCUGAGCAGACCCCUCUCAGCAUCCUCUAUCUCGCCAACCUCAUCAAAGAGGCUGGCUUCCCGCCGGGUGUUAUCAACAUCCUGAACGGCCACGGAAGAGUUGCCGGUAGUGCCCUCGUGGCCCACCCCGGUGUGGACAAGAUUGCGUUCACUGGAUCGACGAUGACUGGCCGAGAGAUCAUGAAGAUGGCUGCCGGUACCUUGAAGAACAUCACGCUGGAGACCGGUGGCAAGUCACCCCUGCUGGUCUUUGACGAUGCCGACAUCGAGCAGGCCGCCAAGUGGGCGCAUGUGGGUAUCAUGUACAACCAGGGACAGGUGUGCACCGCCACCUCCCGUAUCCUGGUGCACGAGUCCAUCUAUGACAAGUUUGUGGACCUCUUCAAGGCGGAGGUGGCCGCCACCAGCAAGGUUGGCGACCCCUUUGCGGACGACACCUUCCAGGGACCCCAGGUCACCAAGGCUCAGUACGAGCGUGUGCUCUCUUAUAUCGAAGCCGGCAAGUCCGAAGGCGCGACUCUGGCGGCCGGUGGCGAGCCGUUCAAGAACGUGGGUGAUGGUAAGGGCUUCUUCAUUGCGCCCACCGUCUUCACCAACGUCAAGGACAACAUGCGUAUCUACCGGGAAGAGGUCUUCGGUCCGUUUGUGGUGAUUGCCAGUUUCUCGACGGAGGAGGAGGCCGUGACGCGGGCCAACGACACGACGUAUGGACUGGGCGCCGCACUGUUCACCAAGGACAUUGAGCGGGCGCACCGGGUUGCGUCGGAUAUUGAGGCGGGCAUGGUCUGGAUCAACAGCAGCAACGACAGCGAUUUCCGGGUGCCAUUUGGUGGAGUGAAGCAGAGUGGGAUUGGGCGCGAGCUGGGCGAGGCCGGUUUGGAGGCGUACUCGCAGGCCAAGGCGAUCCAUGUCAACCUGGGAACGAAGCUGUAG